CUCCACUUUCUACUUCAAUGUAAACACCUGAACAAAAGUUCGUCAGUAUAUAAACAGAUCUGAAAAGAUCCAAAACGUUCGACUCGACAAUGACGUCCCCAGGCGCCUCAACAGUGGAAUCCACAGACCAGAACGUGAUUAUCGAGGAUGGAGAUGACAUCACGCUCAUACUAUACGACUUGAAAACCGCCGGUGCGCUUGCAGACCAUCUGCUUGCGAGACCGAGGGAGAUCGUGGCGAAGAUCACGAGCAUUGAAGUCGAGACCAACGAGCUCAUCGAGGAAUCGGACGACGCCGAGUCCAAUGGUAGUGCCCCAAGUAGCGCGGAUGAUGGAGAUGCGGUCUCAGUCACUUCCUCUAUGUCGCAAAGGAGCGAUGCGGUGGAAGGCGAAGGCAUCGAGGAAGAGAAAGUCGUCCACAAGGAGAUGAAUCAUCUCUGCGCCCCUUUGAUCCGCAUCAUGAACGCCAUUGAAGCCUCAGGCGGAUCCUUACACGAGUUCGUGUGGAUCGAACUCGACCCCUGGGACGACAACGGCAUCCGUCCGUCAUCCUUUUGGACCGCCCUCUACCAGCACGCAAGGACGUUGCGCAGCCUAUCACUAGGGUUUUUCACGCACGAGGUGGACGAAGUUCCGCCACCAGAGGUCUCCUUCCCCGCGCUGAAGGAGCUGGAGAUCAACGCGGUGACGGCUCAUGGCGACAACGGCGCCGCGAUCGACAAGCUCCUCAAGGGGAGCUCAGGAUUGGAGAGCUUGGACCUCAAAUGGCCCCAGUGCAACUUAGACAGCUGCCAGAUCACAAACAUCACUUGGGAUUUCACCUUCGAGCGCUUGCGCACUCUCUCUGUGGACGGCUGGGACUUCAAUCCGCCCGCCUUUCUGUCCUUCCUGGCGCGAUGCCCGAACGUCGAACGCUUUUACGACGGCGUGUAUACGUAUCCCGGGGAUGACCGGGAGGUAGGGGAGAGCCUUCGCCUCCCGGCCUCUACAUUUCCAAACCUGAAGGCAUUGGAAGGAGCUGGAUGCUCGCCGCCACGUAGCUUGGACGAAUGGUUCGAUCCCGCGGCCAGCCGGCCCAUUGAGCGCCUCAGGGUCGGCGUGCUCCGAUCCCCUGGCGCGGAGGAGAACGGUUCCGCGUGGGCGGCGCAUGCGAAGAGCUUAAAGGUCCUGAAAAUCUAUUCGAACGUGCGCGACUGGCGGCCUUGGAAGCUUGACAGCGAGGAUGAGGCGGAGGGUAGCGUGCAAGAAGAAAUGAGACCGAUGGCUAAAGUCUGCGCGACAUUCUGCCCAAGCUCCACGGCUUGCGAGAACUGGAU